AUUAUAAAUGCCAAGAGUUGUAGACACAAGUUACCAUGAGAUUCUCAGUAGACCAGACUACUAUGAUGAUGCUCAGAAAGAAGAAUAUCUUCAAAAAAGAAUUAUGGAUGAAAUCCUGGAGGAUAAGACUCCACCAUUGCCAAACAGAGAGCAAGAGCUUGAUUACCUCAAAGAAUUAGAGGAUGAAUUCAGAAAUGAUAGAUGGCUAAAUUUGAGAUUUAGGAAACUCCAGGCAGGUCCUCUCAGAAGACCAUACAAGAAUGCCAAGGAACUCAAGAAACUCCAAUAUCUAGACUAUGUGACUCUGUUCAUCGCAGGAUCAAUUAUGUUCCUUCCUUUAGGAAUUGUUGUUGGCAGAAGGAUGAGAUAUACUCAGAGUGGAGUUCCUAAAGUCUACUUCGCUAAGCAUCUGUAUAGACUUCCAUAUAAUGAUCCUGAUGGUAUGGCUAAGAACUAUUUCAGACUUGGGCUUUUCGCUACUACUUCGAUUGCUGGGUUGUUCCUUGCAGGAUAUUUCUGCCCAGACCAUUUCAAAGAUGAGCAUUUCUCAAGACCAGAUUUGAAGCCAUCCGCUCCAAUGGUUGAAGACGAUGAAGACACUAAAAGAGCUAAGAAACAAUUGUUCGCACAUGAAUACUUUGUUCAAGAUGAGGAAUUCAAUAGGAGAGGAUUCCUAUAUAGAAUUUUCAGGCCAAACUCAGCCGAUUACAACAUCAGAUAUGAAGACAGAAUCAAAUUCGAUGCUCCUCACAACUCUUAUGACCCAAAGACUGGAGGGUUCCCAUCUGCAAAGAACUUGCAUGAGCAUUAUUGGUAAUUGAGCUAAUA